AUGCGGCUCGCCGGACAGGAAAUCGCCUUCCCAAGAGCCGCUCCUAUCGAGCCCAGUCUCGAUCUCGGGCACGUCACCGCCCCUAAACAAGCACUGCCGUUCGGACUCUCCACGGCCCCAUAUAUUUUCACGAAGAUCCUUCAACCGGUGGUCACUUUUCUUCGUAAUCAGGGCUACCAAUCGGUUGUGUACCUCGAUGACUUCCUCCUCUUGGGAUCCUCCGCAGAUGAGUGCAGAGCUAAUAUACUUGCAUCUGUGAAUCUUCUACAAUCCUUGGGCUUCGUAAUAAACUUUUCAAAAUCUCAUUUAGAUCCAUCACCUAGAUGUAAAUACCUAGGUUUUAUCUUCAAUUCCAUUAAGCAAUCUUUGUCAAUUCCUGACACUCGUCGAGAGAAUUUAUUACAUUUAACAAUACAUUUGGCACAAAAAUCUAGAUGUCGCAUUCGAGAAAUGGCUAGCUUUAUCGGAUCACUCAUCUCCGUUUGUCCAGCAGUCCAGUACGGACUUCUUUACACUAGAGCGUUUGAAAGAAAAAAAUUUUUAGCGCUUCGCAGAAAUAACGCGGAUUAUUCCACAUUUAUGGAUAUUCCCCUCGAACUUCAAAUAGAUUUUUCUUGGUGGAUCAAUAUAUUUUCUGACUCAAAUCAAUCCAACAAAAUUUGCUCGAACAAUUUUGUUAGGGAAAUCUUCUCCGAUGCCUCUCUAAACGGUUGGGGAGCAGCUUGUGGAGACUUACGCACACAUGGAUGGUGGUCCGAGUCGGAUCAAGUCCUACACAUAAACGCCUUGGAGCUUAAAGCGGCUUUUCACGGCCUGCGAUGUUUCGCGGCUGACCUUCACGACUGCGACAUUUUACUCCGCGUUGAUAACACAACGGCCCUAGCCUACAUUAACAAAUUUGGUUCUAUCCAAUUCCCCCACCUUUCAGCUAUUGCCAGGGAAAUUUGGCAAUGGUGCGAGGACCGGAAUAUAUUUAUUUUUGCCUCCUAUAUAGCUUCCAUUGAAAAUUCUAUCGCUGAUACGGAAUCUCGAAUCGCGGAUCCUGAUACAGAGUGGUCUCUCUCUGAGGGAGCUUUUCAGGAGGUGCUCAAGACUUUCGGGCCUUUUAAUGUGGAUCUAUUUGCAUCCUUAAUCAACAAUAAGUGCGAUUCUUACGUAUCCUGGUUCCCGGAUCCGGGUUCGAUCGCCGUAGACGCCUUUACUCUCUCAUGGAGAGACUUCUCCUUUUAUGCUUUUCCACCUUUUAUUCUUCUGCCACGAGUCUUAAGGAAGAUAGUGGAGGAUGAAGCAACGGGUACUGACCCAACAUCCAUCGUGGAGAACGCUUUCCCUGGGGGUCGGGAAAUUAUCCGGGAGGCCUUUAAGGAACGUUUAGUACCACCGGGGGCAAUUCCAGCUUUACUAGCCUCCUUAUCUGAAGCAACAAUUAAACAAUACUCCUACCCUCUGCGGAUCUGGUGGAAUUUCUGCCAACGUCACCAAACGCCUCUCUUUUCUCCGUCGGUGUCGCAAAUGCUGGAGUUUUUGGCUCACGAGCUGCCUCACAUCUCCUCCUUUUCCAGUUUGAAUACUAUGAGAUCAGCAGUCUCGUUGAUUUCCAACAAUGAGAUCGGUAACCAUCCUAUGGUUAGAAGAUUCUGCAAGGGCGUUGCGGUGCUCAAGCCGCCUCGUCCGCGGUAUGACUACGUUUGGGACCCGGCACCAGUACUAUCGAAACUUGCCUUGAUCUACCCAUACGAAUCUCUCUCAUUGGAGAUUAUCACCAAGAAACUGGCUCUUCUCCUCGCCUUAGGCUCGGGCCAUCGAGCUCAAACCUUCGCCUCAAUAAGACUUUCUCAAGUCUCCCUCAAGGAGAAGCUAAUUAUUCGUAUUCCCGACCGUAGUAAAACUUCAGCGCCGGGACGUUACCAACCACUUCUCUGCUUUGCACGUUUUCAGGAUCAUGACAAUCUCUGCAUAGUUCUGCUGAUGGAACACUACAUUAACAGAACUAGAGGAUUACGUUCACCAUCGUGUGACUCGCUUUUCAUCUCUUAUCGCAAACCGUUUAAGGCGAUAUCCUCUCAAACUAUCUCCCGCUGGAUUAAACAGAUACUAGAGGAAUGUGGCGUCAACACCGCCGUGUUUUCGGCACAUAGUACUAGACACGCUGCGACGUCGCGUGCAGCGGAUAAAGGUGUCACCCUUGACAUUAUCAAGCGGGCCGCAGGUUGGACCGGGGAAUCACGAGUCUUCGCCAAUUUUUACAACAGACCGAUUGUCAAUCCCGAGGAUUUUAGCAAUACGGUUCUUUCACAAUAA